UGAAGCUUUUAUCUCUUAUCUCAGACCACUUGUUGCUCUGUGUCUUCCUGAGUCUACUUUGGGGUACAACUGACUCCACUACAACAGUCACAGCGACAGUGACAACAAGAGUGACAGCAGGACAAACCAAAACAGAAAGAACCACAAGACUAACAACCAAUCCGCUGACAGCUACAACACGAAAACCCACUCCAGUGGAUCCUACAACACAAAAAACUACUUCACUGGCUCCUGAACUACGAAACAACCUUUCAACAACACAACUAACUACUCCGCUGACUUCAACAGAACAAACAAUUAUAUCUACAACAACAAAAGCCUCGCCAGAUAAUGUCAACAGAGUGAAUGUGACCACACAAAAUGAGAGUAGUAUAACUCUGACCUGGAACAAGGUUAACAACAUCCCAACAUACAUCCUGCAAUAUGGUGAUAGAACAGAAUAUAUUAAUAAAACUGAAGAAGAACCCAUAGUACAUGUGGUCACUUCUCUGACUGCUGGAACAAACUACACAUUCACUCUCUUCACGUCUGAUGGACUCACCAGCAGUGGAUACACAUUCAGUGCUGUGACAGCUCCUAAUAACACUGAAGAAUUUAAGGCUGUUUAUCAAAAUGAGACCAGCAUAACUCUGAUGUGGAAAGCAGUCCCCAACAUUGACAGUUAUCUGCUUGUGUUUAAUGGAAGAGAGAUCAACAUUAGUAAUUCUACAAAAGAAUACAGAGUGUCAGAUUUGACCAGUGGAACCAGAUACAGUUUCACUCUCUUCACUGUGUUUGGAAAUGUCAGCAGCAGUGGAGUAAACUGCAUCGCAGUCACUGCUCCUAAUAACACUGAAGAAUUUAAGGCUGUUUAUCAAAAUGAGACCAGCAUAACUCUGAUGUGGAAAGCAGUCCCCAACAUUGACAGUUAUCUGCUUGUGUUUAAUGAAAGAGAGAUCAACAUUAGUAAUUCUACAAAAGAAUACAGAGUCUCAGAUUUGACCAGUGGAACCAGAUACAAUUUCACUCUCUUCACUGUGUUUGGAAAUGUCAGCAGCAGUGGAGUAAACUGCAUCGCAGUCACUGCUCCUAAUAACACUGAAGAAUUUAAGGCUGUUUAUCAAAAUGAGACCAGCAUAACUCUGAUGUGGAAAACAGUCCCCAACAUUGACAGUUAUCUGCUUGUGUUUAAUGGAAGACAGAUCAACAUUAGUAAUUCUACAAAAGAAUACAGAGUCUCAGAUUUGACCAGUGGAACCAGAUACAGUUUCACUCUCUUCACUGUGUUUGGAAAUGUCAGCAGCAGUGGAGUAAACUGCAUCGCAGUCACUGCUCCUAAUAACACUGAAGAAUUUCAGGCUGUUUAUCAAAAUGCGACCAGCAUAACUCUGAUGUGGAAAACAGUCCCCAAGAUUGACCAUUAUCUACUUGAGUUUAAUGAAAACAAGAUCAACAUUAGUAAUUCUACAGAAAAAUACACAGUCCCAAAUCUGACCAGUGGAACCAGAUACAAUUUCACUCUCUUCACUGUGUUUGGAAAUGUCAGCAGCAGUGGAGUAAACUGCAUCGCAGUCACUGAUAGUGCUCCUAAUAACACUGAAGAAUUUCAGGCUGUUGAUCAAAAUGCGACCAGCAUAACUCUGAUGUGGAAAACAGUCCCCAACAUUGACAGUUAUCUGCUUGUGUUUAAUGGGAGAGAGAUCAACAUUAGUAAUUCUACAAAUGAAUACACAGUCUCAGAUUUGACCAGUGGAACCAGAUACAGUUUCACUCUCUUCACUGUGUUUGGAAAUGUCAGCAGCAGUGGAGUAAACUGCAUCGCAGUCACUGCUCCUCGUAAUGCUGAAGAGUUUAACAAAAAUGGACAAGAUGAGACCAGCAUAACUCUUCAAUGGAAAACAGUCCCCAACAUCGACAAUUAUCUACUUGCGUUUGAUAAAACAGAGAUCAGCAUUAGUAAUUCUGCAGAAGAAUACAGAGUGUCAGAUUUGACCAGUGGAACCAGAUACAGUUUCACUCUCUUCACUGUGUUUGGAAAUGUCAGCAGCAGUGGAGUAAACUGCAUCGCAGUCACUGCUCCAAAAAAUGUCCAGACUGUGACUGUGACACAAAAUGAGAACAGUAUAACUCUGACAUGGGAGAAGGUUAACAACAUACUAACAUACAUCCUAGAAUAUGACAGCGGUAAUAUUGUUAUUGGCAAGAAUGACAUGGACGGAUACACGACAUCAGGUGCAUCAGUUACAUGUGUGGUCUCUUCUCUGACUGCUGGGACAAACUACAAUUUUACCCUUUUUACUGUGUUUGAGAACGUCAACAGCUCUGGAUACAACUUUAGUGCACCGACAGUUCCACCAGUGGUGCCUUGGGUCAGUGUGACUGAACGAUUUACUAACAGCAUAACUCUAGAGUGGGAGAACAUGAAAAAAGCCUGGCAAUACCAGCUUCAAAUCAAUGGUCGUGUGUCAGAUAGUGUGUCAGACGUCUCCUCAGAUACAGUCAGAAAAGUAGUGACAUCUCUUCAGCCUGGAACAGAGUAUGAUUUCAGCUUAACCACAGUGUUCGCUGGACUCAGGAGCACUCCUUAUACGAAUUUCACAGUAACAGCCAUAGACUGUGCCAGUGCAGACUGGAAAGUUACCAACUCGUCAAUCAAAGCAAAGAUUGAAGGCUUGUUCUCAAACGCAACCGCAAAUAAUGGAUCUAACGUUCAUGUCAGUGAUGAACGUGAAAAUGUGUUGUUUACUGGACUUUACCCUGGUGCCACCUAUCAGAUAUCUCUUGUCUAUGAAAAGUCUUCCAGAGUUUUCCUGCAGUGUGAACACACAUUAACAAUUCUUCCUCCUAAUCUAAAUGCUCACUGUGAGUACUGGGCAGCUGGAUACUCUGUUCUUAUUAAAUGGACAGACCCAGAGGGCGAGUGGACUAAUGCGGAGUUGAAUGUGACUGGAAAGACUCACACAGUAGCUAGUCCUGAAACUAAAAUCAUAAUCGAUGGAUUCCAACCUGCCAAAAAAUAUAAGGUGUCUGUAAGUUCACUGUCUGGGCUGAGGAGGAGUUCUGAACCGCAUGUGUUUUACUGUCAGACUGAUCCAAGGGGGUCAUUUGUGCUGAGACUCUUCCGCCAUCUAGUGGUCUUCAGUCCUUACUGCUUUUCUACUGGUCUGCUUCUGUCUAUCUACUGGAGCAGAAAGACGGCAAACAAACCAGAUGUCUCCAUGGAGAUGACCAAGUGCGAUGGAGGAGGUGAUGAAUUAUAUGAAGACUAUGACAAUGUCACAGUGCUUGGCACCGAGCAUGACUUCUAAGCAGAAGAGACCAGUUAUGUACUUGGUUAGUUUGAAAACUAGAUAAAAAUAUUCAUUGUACAAGUACUCAGCUUAGAUGAAAAAGUACUCAGUUUUAGGCAAUAAAAGUAGUAGUUUAUAUGGCUAAAGUACUGUUUUAGUUUAGUUUAGUUUAGUUUAGUUUAGUGCUCUCUCUGCCCUGUCUUAGAAACCACACUCUUUCCUAUGGAGGCAAUGUAAUGUGAGGAGCUGUCCAGUCAGCACUUAGCUUUGGCUCAAAUUGAUGCAGAAGACACUGCCAGUGCCAAAGUGCCUUUUGACUUUGCUUCAUGUGAUCUGUGUGUUUGUGACCACUUAGGCUUUCUCUGAGGAGAAUCUAUGAAUUGCUUUGUUGACCAGCCUCUGCUGUGUUUGUUCUUGUGUUAGUAGUAGCAGCCUGGCACUUAC